AUGAUAUAUCUGCAGGUAAAUGGUCUAGCCAGACCUGAACAAGAACCACCCAAUGAUACUAGUAACGAAUAUGAUAUUGACCCGGUGCAGCAAGAAGACUUUUUCCGAGCACUAACUAACACAGACUUCUGUAACGUUCCACCGCCAAACACGACAUUUAAGGAUGAUGAAACGAUUUCUGAAACAGACCAAACCGCAAAUAAAGAAAACGGAAUUCCCAUUACCAUAGUGGAAGAAGAAGCUCCUGAACCAGAAGAGAUUCCACCAAACCUAGAUGCGGAAGAAGAGGUGUUCACCGAACAAGAAUACGACGAAGCAGUGGAGGAAGAUAAUGUGGAGGAGGAAAAAUCUGAUGAUAUGGAAGAGCAGAGCAAAGAAAUCGAAAACACAAAUGAAGAAAAGGAGGAUAUGAUGGAAGAAACCAAAGAAGAAGAGGUAACAGACGAAUUAACGGUAGAAAACCCAGAGGACAUAAGCCCUGAGGAUAAUGCAGAUGACCAAGAACCUCUGGUUGAUGAGGCUCCAGAUAAACUGGAAGAGGAGCAAAUCGAGGAAGAGCCGCAGCCAGAAGAAAAAUUGGUGGAAGAAGAACCAGUUCUAGUUGAACAACCUGUUGAGAAACGUAAACCCAGAAAUGCCUUAGAAGCUGUGUUUGAUUCACCAAGUGUUGAUGAAUCCAUGCUGCCUGUCAGUAAACCCUCACAGGUUGAAACAGUGCCUUAUGUAGAAGAGGAUGACGAGGAUGAUGACAAGUUUGACAUAACACUCUCUGAAGAGAUGUCCGCUUACUUUGCCAAGUCCUACGAUCCGAUGAUAUUUGAUUUCAGCCUAGCUUCUGCAAAUCUAAAACCAAUAAGAGAGUUUGUGACAAAAUGGGGUUUUUAUAAAGCAGUUCCUACUCCAGAUGUUUUGCAAAGAGCCCAGAAAGCCGUCAGACAUUUUAAUGUAGCAGCACCGAGGACAGAACGUGGCUAUCUUCUUCCAUUCCCCGUGUUCUUGACGAAACCCCCCGAUAUGAAAUCAUUUCAAACCAUUGAAAGCACAUUGAAAUUAAAAGAGACAAAGAGUUUCGAAGCUUUUAUCAAGCUGAUAAAGGACAUGACAUCUGUGGUAGAUGACGACGAGUUGAAAAUACGAAUAAUUAUGAAGUGGAUGUCACAGCAUUCUCACAAAAUUCCACCACUGGGUAAAAGUGGGAAAUCCGAUUUUGCAGGAUAUGCUCAAGUUCACCUCUUCUACAAAUUUUGCAAAAUGGUGGACAUUGAAUGUGCCGUCAUUGAGGGCAGAAGAAAGCUCUAUCACAGAGAACCCAGUACGAAUCCAGGAAAGCGAGCAGUUAAGGCGGUCUGGUGCGCUGUUCUGGUAAAGGGUCAUUGGCGCUUUGUAGAUCCUAGUCUUCCGGGGUUAAAAGAAUUGAAGAAAAUGAAUGACCAAAAAAUGGAACCAGAAUCGGAAAAUGUUUGGUUCAAAACUAUGAGGAGUAAGAUUGGAGAAUACUACAGCCUUCCUGAUCCUACCCUCUUUGUCCACACACAUUUACCAGACGUAGAAUAUUGGCAAUUGUUGUGCAGGCCAGUAAUGGAAUCCGAGUGGUACAAUAUGGUCUGUGUGUCGCCAAUGUUCUUCCAUUGUGGUUUCGACCUUCAGUCUAAGGUGACAUAUAAUGUGAAGUGCAACGGUUCACAUUUGAUUAUGACAUUCACGUAUCCUGCGGAUAAGAUGUUCGUGUUCAAUUCCUCAAUUGUGCCAAAUCCUCCCAAGAACCCUCCAUACAUAUGUAUAGAAUCUGACUUUGAUGGAAAAUCCCUUUCAGUUGAGGUUUUCGUGCGACAAAAGGGAACAUAUUUUCUUCACAUAUACUUCAAAGACUUAGGCAGUGACUGUCCGGACUUCUUGUUCUUGUGUACCUACUGUCUCGAAGUUUCAAAACCAAACUUGGAUGCAUUUGAUGCGUGUUUCGUGAAUGCUCGUCAACACUGGGGACCCGCUGACGACACACUCGACGCUGGGCUUAUUCCUGUCACACAUGUCACCAGCGAAAUUGAUUGUUAUAAGGAUUUUCUGGACAUUGUGUUCGAUUUACAAAAUGAUAUGAAUUUCCAUUGUUCUCUGAUUGACAAAGAUGGCCGUGAUCUUUCUCGACAUGUUGUUCACUGGAUAUACGGCAAAAAGUUGAACAUCAAGAUAACUUGCCCAGGUUUUCAAAAAUGUACUUUAGAGAUAUGCAUCAAAAACGAAACGGACGGUACAAAAAGAACAAUAUGUAAUUACCGUAUACAAUUCAACAGCAGCUAUAAGGAAAUGAAGUCUGUAAUGGGAUUCCCACCAAGCAUGACCAAACUUGGUGUUACAGAUGCGGGUGAGUUAUUGAAAUUUGUACCACUUUUCCCAAACCCCUGCGCCAUAACAAUGUCAGAAGAAACUACUCUGGAAUUUAGUGUAGAGCCUUCGGAUACCAUCAUAUUUCCAUCACUGAAAUAUGUUGCUAAUAAACUGUACAAUACGGACUCCUAUAUGGCAUGGUAUCUUGAAGAUGGAAAAUUGACUGUAUCCAUCAACCCACUACUGGACGGAUUGUACCUCUUAACAGUGCAAAGCAAAUACAAUAUAAACAUGGUAGAGAAUACGAUGCUUUACUUUGGACUCAUCAAAGUGGAUAUUCCCUCCAGUCAGUGGUCUCCAUACCCAGAGAGAUCUGUGGAUACCCAAAGACAAAUCAAAAUCGUGGAACCAAAGACACAAUAUCUCUGUGCAAAGCAAGAAUACACUUUUUCAUACGAAAUCGAAGGUAAUGCCCAAGAUGUUGCUAUUGUUACCAGUAAUGGUUGGUCCCAUCUCGAACAUCAAACUCCUAACAUAUGGGAGGGAACCGCAAUGACUGGACCGAAAGGGACAGACGUUACAUUGAAUGCGAGAUUUGAUGUUGGAUCGCAAAAGUUCACAAAACUCUUGACAUAUAGGGCAAUUGAUCCUAAUGGAUACGAAGGCAGAAACAAACGUCAGGAGCAGAUCAGGACAACUAAAAUGCUAGCGUUUGCCCAAGACGACGAAAAAGCAAAACCUACAGAAAAAUUAUCUCAAAUGGCAGAGAAACAUAGAAAAGAUGUCAAGUCCAAAGGCAAAAAGGGCAAAUCUAGAAAAGAAAGUGAUACUUCAAGAGAAAAGAAAUUAAGUCAAACAGCAACUCAAAAAGAAGGAAGUGCUACUGUGGGGAAAGGUUCUAACACUCCUAGAGCUACGCUUACAAAAAGAGGAUCAAUGAAUUCAAUUACAGAGGAACCUACCGUGCGGGGAAUAAAUAGAAAACGAGGGUCUUUGCAUAAUAAAGAAGAUUCUGGGACACCGCGAACAACAAGAGACACAAGAAGGGACGUUAAAAGGGAGCAACGAUCAUACGAAAAACCGUUAGAUAGGCAAAGAAGAGGAAGCAAUUCUGCAGAUGAUGUCCAAAAAGAUACGCCGAGAAGAGGAUCGAAAUCAAACCUAAAAGAUUUUGAGAAACAAGAUGAAAAAGAAAAAGUGCGAAAGGGCUCGAAUGGAAGUAUGAAAGAUAAAUCUAGAAAAUCUUCAAUAGACCAACCAGAAUCCCUCAAAAAAGAUUCGAUAACUACGGAGGUCAAUAACAGCGAUCAAAGACCAACAAGUGAGAAAAGUGUGCAAGGUCGUACAAGUUCGAUGUCCAACGACAAGGAGUCGAUCAAACAAAACGGGACGAAUAGUAAAAAUCCUGUUGAAGUCUUUGAUGAUAUAGAGGAAAAUGAAAAAGACUUACCUAACGAUACGGGGGAGAUAGCAAAGACACCUAGAAAAUCUUCCACUCAAAACGACCCGAAAGGCCGACCUAGCUACGAAAAAAUGACAAAAGCCUCCGGGGCAAAAUCAGAAAUACAACCCACAGAUACCAGCGAGCCUGAGACCCUGAGUCCCGCAACAAUCGCAAGGCUUAAAGCCAAGCGAAACAAUCAAACCAACAGGAAGGGCGAGAAAAUAGAAAUACAACCCACAGACACCAGCGAGCCGGACACCCUGAGUCCCACAACAAUUGUAACGCUUAAAGCCAAGCGAAACAAUCAAACCAAAAGGAAGGGCGAGAAAAUAGCCAUCGCCAACCCCGCUGGAAUGUUAACUUCUCCAAGAAUCAGCGUUUCCUAAAUAUCCUUAAAAUGUACAAACCCCAUUAUCGAAGACAUCACUGUAUAGCAAAUAAAAACAAAACAUUCCUGACAUUAAAGUAAUCGUGUUCUAAUAUUUGCUGCACCGAAGGUGUU